AUGGGCAUGGACCUCAGCACGCUCCGGUCCCUCAUCACCAGAUACUGUGUGGGGGAGGAGACCUGGGUGGACAGUCGGACCAUCUACAUCGGUCACAAAGCUCCGCCUCCGGGGACAGAGGCCUUCAUCCAGCAGCGUUACCCUGACAACCGUAUCACCUCCUCCAAGUACACCUUCUGGAACUUCGUCCCCAAAAACAUGUUUGAGCAGUUCAGACGAGUCGCCAACUUUUACUUCCUCAUAAUUUUCUUGGUCCAACUGAUCAUUGACACUCCCACCAGCCCCGUGACCAGCGGACUGCCCCUAUUCUUUGUCAUCACCGUCACAGCCAUCAAACAGGGUUAUGAGGACUGGCUCAGGCACAAAGCCGACAACUCCAUCAACCAGUGUCCAGUUCAUGUGGUCGACAACGGGAGAGUGACACGCAAACAGAGCCGCAAUCUGAGGGUGGGGGACGUGGUGUUUGUGAAGGAGGAUGAGACGUUUCCUUGCGACCUCGUUCUUCUGUCCACGUCCAGACCCGACGGCACCUGCUUCGUCACCACUGCCAGUUUAGACGGAGAGAGCAGCCACAAGAGUUUGAAGAUGAGUACUGCUGCCCCUAACCACAGACGCGUCAAACCUGGAGCCAUAAAGCCUAGCAUGGCGUCCAGUGGAAUGACCGGCCCCAGCUCCCAAAUCCCCGGUUUGUCUCAGACCCCGGACCUCUCCCCCACGGAGCGCACCAGCGGCAGGCGGGUGGGCAUCUUUGAAAGCGAUUCGGACUACGUCAAACUGGCCAAAGGGAGCGGGCAUAAAGGCCUGCUGAGCCACGACGCCGUUGAUGAUGCCCCGCGGAAGGCCUACUCUCCCAGCAACUUCUUUGGGAACAAUGACUCCAACAGGAGUCUCCCGAUGAUGCGGCCCAGCAGAUGGAGGCUCUGUCCAUAA